AUGUGGACUAAAUUGUUCGUGGUUUCGUGCUUGAUUACUGUGGCAACCGCUGUGUUUACAAAGUGGGAAGUCAAAGCUGCGGGCCAAGUGACUUGCGAUGGGAACCCGGUGGUCAACGCGACCGUUGUUCUCUGGGAUGAGGACAGUAAGUCCUAUGAUGACAAAUUUUUGUGUGUCCAGAAAAUGUGUCACGAUGACACCCGUUUAAAAUGUGUCAGUCGUAUAUACAUCGGAUGUAUAUGGCUGACGAAAGCUUUCCAAUGCCCAAAAAUUUUUGUUUUAAUCUUAAACCGGUGUCAUCGUGACUUAUUUUCUGGACAAAGAGUUACAAGUCCCGGAGACAUCCAUUUAAUUCGGCGGCCAUCAAUUUUCCCGUGUUUCAGCCUUCGAUGACGACCGCCUUCAAACAAGAUUCACGGACGAAAAUGGAAGAUACGAAGUCUAUGGCUCCGACACGGAAUUUACGAAAUUCACUCCGUAUCUGGUUGUGAAGCACAGCUGCGACGGUAGGCUUCGUUGAUCCUACUCUAAACUGAAUUCCAGGAAAAGAACAGGAGGUUAAGCAUUUUAUUCCCAAAACUUACGUCUUCGCGGAAGGCUCCCUCAUUACCCCCUACCAAAAGGAUUUCAAUUUUAAUCGGACUUCAACUAGCGGUUAA